UGCAAUCAAAAGGUAUAUGACUGAUUUCCUCUUUCAUUAUCUUUGCUUUUUAAACAGGAAAGUGUUGCACCUUACUUUCAGUUAUACCUCCCAGAGCAUAGCAUUAAGGUUAAGCGGGUGUUGCAUCUGGAUUUUUAAUCAUUAUAGAUAGCACUUUCAAUGCCAUUCGUACUUUUACCGAAUAAAUCAGUGGACUCCUCUGAUUACUCGAGUUGACAGUACAGGGAAUAGUUUCGACAAUCGACCACUGCUUAUAUAAGAAAUUAUUGCCAGAAUGGAAAAGUUCCGAUAUGUCUUCUGGUUGGUCGUCAUGGCAACGUGUUUAACAAUAAUUUGUGCAGACGAUAUGGAUGAGGACAAGCUCGAGAACUUUCACGACUACGGAAUGAAAAAUCCACAGGUGAAAUGCCCCAGCAAGUGCUGGUCAAACCCUCCAGCCAAGAAAACCAUUUGCGCCACCAACGGCAGAACGUAUAUCUCGUGGUGUUACUUACGCAUGAGCGCAUGCGCACUACGUCCCGUUGCUGAUUGGCAGGUGGCUUACUUGGGACCUUGUGUGCACUCAUAUGGGUCCGUCAGCUAUACAUCAUCAAGUGUUUACGAGGUGAAACAUUCUUACGAGGAGGCUAUUCCCCUUGGGCAACUAAAGAGAAAACAGCAACAACAAAGACAAAAAGCUCACUUUGGAGAGGAGGAGGAGGAAGAGGAAGAGGAAGAAGAGGAAGAGGAGGAGGACGAAGAAGAAGGAGACUAUUCUUCACCUGUUGCAAUGGGAGGAAGCGAAUCAGAGGGGGAAGAAGCAGAAUCGUCACCAUUUGUACCUGUUAGUUUUGCAGGUUAA